GGGAGGUGGCGGCGUUGCCACAGCAGCGGCGGCGGCGGGGCGGGCGGUGGCGGCGGUUGGGGCGCGCCAUGGAGGGGCUGGAAGGUGAGGUUACAGUGCAAACUGGAGAUCUGUUACCAUGUAGGAUUUGUGGAAGGACUUUCUUUCCAGCAGCACUGAAAAAGCAUGGACCCAUUUGCCAAAAAACUUCUGCCAAGAAAAGGAAGACAUUUGAUUCCAGCCGCCAGAGAGCAGAAGGAACUGACAUUCCCACAGUAAAACCUCUUAAGCCACGGCCAGAGCCACCCAAAAAACCUUCCAACUGGAGACGAAAGCAUGAAGAAUUUAUAGCAACUAUACGAGCAGCCAAAGGACUUAACCUUAAAGAUGGUGGAAAACUCCCUCCACCACCUCCACCAUCAUAUGACCCUGAUUACAUUCAGUGUCCAUAUUGUCAGAGGAGAUUUAAUGAAAAUGCAGCUGACAGGCACAUCAAUUUCUGUAAGGAGCAAGCAGCACGUAUUACUAAUAAGGGGAAAUUGGCAGCUGAUACCAAAGGGAAGCUUCCUACAAGAACACAGUACAAACCUGCUGCAGUUAAGAAGAUGCCUUCUGUAGGAUCAACACCACCAUCGUCAUCACGCUUACCACAGCCAAGCAGUGUUAGCAAAACUGUUGUAGGUGCCUCUUCAAGUAAAGCACUCUCUUCGUCUGGAUCCAGUGUGAGCAAAAUCCAGACAUUGUCACCAGCUCAUAAAAACUCAUUGGGAAUGGUGAACCCACAAGCAGGUAGUAAGAUGGACAAGUUAGGCCCACCACUGCGAACUGGAAGAGAUGUGCAAAGGUUUUAUGACACUGAUACAAAAACAGACAGUACCAUCAAAAGACCAAAUGAGUUGUUGCCUAUAAAGAAUUAUUUAUUCUGUUUUAGAGGUGCAACAAAAACACGGACAUCUACCCCUCCUAGUGUGGCAAGAACCAUGAGCACGGGUGCUCUAACAAACAAAAGAAAAACUAACAGUUCAGACAGUUACUCAAGGUCUGAUGGUAAAAUUGGGUAUGACAGUGGAGACUACCCAUCCUCAGUCAACGGAGGAAGUUCAAAAUGCAGCGAAGGAAAUUCACCUGUACAGUUAUCAAAGUUCUGCCAUGAAUGUGGAACAAGGUAUCCAGUGGAAUGGGCUAAGUUUUGCUGUGAGUGUGGAAUUCGAAGAAUGGUUGUGUGAACACAUUCUUAAAAGCAAAAAGAAGAUGAGAAAUUGGAAGCAUCCACUACGUACUGCUGCAUGGAAAGCUAGAGCACUCCUUCCAGUUAGACUUCGUGCUGCAAACAUGUUGAAACAUCAUACUGUAAUUUUCUGAGUGCAAUCUUCUGGUUACACAGUUAUUUAUAAACAAAUAUAUAUACUGUAUAUAAAAAUAGCAGAUACUUAAAACUGUGCCAUUCAAGGAAAUACUCUUUAAUCUCUGUUGGAAAUAUUUAAAAUUAAGGUAAAAAUGUGUUAAGUAACUUAGGUAGCAGAAGUGGUUCAAUGCUAUUUUUCUUGUAAAUCCUACUAGAUAAAGGAUUAUUUAAAUCACUUACGUAGGAUAAUACUUACCCAUAGAGAACUAGUCAUGAAAAACUUGGACUUCAAAAGUUUCUCUGUGGAGGCAUUUCCUUCAUAUGGGACAGUUACAUAUAUGCGCUAUGUUCUAAAUGAAAACAACGUGAGCAACUCCUUAUAAAUUCCUAGUUAAAAGUGAGAAAAGUCUGGAUCCCUUUAAACUCCUUAACAUUAAUAUCCUAAUUGGACUUUCCAGCUACUUCCUAGGAUUUUUCUUUUUUUUUUUUUUAAAGCAUCAAAGUGGAAAAACUACCUGAAAAUUCUGCUCACAUGUAAGAAAAAAAGCAAGAUUUUUUUUGUGGCUUUUUAUGUUGUUUUCCUGUAAGAACAUGUUAAUAUUUUUAUGUAUUUAUAAGGACAAAUAUGGUAUAGUCAUUUUAUUAAGUUCCUUUUGUUCAGAAAUACUUAUCUUCCUCCUCCUGUUUCACCAUGACUAUCAUAUCUAGAAGUUUUGUGCUUUUUGUCUUUUAAAGGUUUCUAAAGGUCCUGCUCCUUUUUUCUCUUCCCUGAGUUCCUGAAGGAGAGACAAAGUCUGUGCUUAUCCUGCCUAAAUGUUGAACUCUUGUUUUAAAAACAACCUUCUUGAUCUAUCAAAUACAAAAGAGUUCAAUACAAAUCUAUGUUAUUAGAGCAGUAGAACUUGAUGUAAGUAGUGACUGGUUUUUAUUCUGAUUCCUGUGCAAAUAACACACCUUACAUGUGAGUGCAUAGUGGAGUAACCGUGCUCCAUAGGUUUAUAUGUUAACACAUUACAAGCUUUUUUGCAAUUUUGUGUAUUCUUGGGCUCUGAACAAGCAGCCUCUUGAAGUUAGUAACUGACUUCAUGUUAAUUCGUUGAGAAGGGUCAGACCCUGGAAGUUGUUACUAUUUUUUUUAUAAAUUACAGAGGAUAUUAAAACCAUUCACAAGCCAAAUCACUUAACUUGUAUCUGAAUGUGGCAAUUUUUGUGACGUUUUGCUUUGAAGUACUGGCACCAUUUUAGUUAUGCGUGAAAGAACAAUCUGAAAGAACUUAAUUGUGCCUUUCCCACAAUAAAUAUGUUCUUUUUGUCAGAUAUGUUUACUUUCAGCUCACAAACACCAAUUCAUAUUAUUUUUUUGUAGCUUACGAAAAACAUAAUGUAGUGUUCAUGAUAGUAUUCCAAUCGUUGUUUGCAUUCUCAAAGCUUGUGAUUUCUAUCAGUGGGGCCAAUUUUGAAGAAAGCAUGAUUGAAGAAGACACAUCUCCGAAGCAGGUACCAGUCUUGGAGGAGGAGAGGUUGAAGAGACUUGAUGUAGUCGUGUUGCAGGCCACAAACUAUUGGUGUUUUAGAAUUAGUCCAAUAGUGUGGAAUUGUCUUACACUUUUGAUACAAAAUUAUUUUUAGAAGUUAUAUUUCACUCAGUGUAGUCUUGUUCUAAUUUGCGUAAACUGGCUACUGAGCAUGGUAGGAUGGAUGACUGGUAUGAUAGAACUGACAAAUCUCAGCCAAAUUAUGUUCUAGGUAGUUUAGGUUCUACGAUCCAUAUUUUGGCAUGUUUGUAUCUGUGCUUGGAAAAAUUGGAAUCCUUCAUCCUUUCUGUAUGUAAGUCUGCUUUAGAAAAUUUGCCCUGGGCUUAGGCUGUGGAGGUCUGCAGAAAGAAUGAUUGCAAGCUGAGUGUCCAUCAGCAAAGGCACAAGUCCAGAAUAGGUUUGAUCAGGACGUAAGGAAGUAAGUACCUUCCAGGUUUCCCAGGAUUGCUGUAACUGUAGGAAAAACAUACUGCCUGUUUCUCCUUUGAAGUGUAAGUGGCAGGUUUCCUAGUUUCAAAUCAAUCCACAUACAGUUACCAUAAUUUCUGCUUUUUCAGCUGUUUGUGUAACUCUUUGCUUCCAUUUCAGCACUUAAUAAAUUACUUGAGUGACACGUCAUUUACUUUAUUUUCACUUUUAUGAUUUAUAGCAAGAACUAGACACAGGAAUAACCUGAACUGAAAGACAAAUCUUAAGAUUUCCCAAUCUUUAAUUUGGCCUUACAAGAAGGUCUUAUGAAACAUAAGUGACUGUUGCUAGUAACAUUGGAUAAUGUGUACAUGUUUAUUGUAAAUUCAAACACAGGCAAAUAAUGAAAGUAUAACUGACUUUGCAGUUUACUACUGCAUAGUGUGACUAUCAGAGGCCCAGUAUGCUUCCAUUUUAUCAACUGGCUUUGUUACUGAAUGACAUAGGUUUCUAAAGUCUCUGAUGCUGGAGACCACAGGCUGUAUUACAGAAAUUAUCAGCAUGGAUCACUGUAAUUCCAUCUCAGUGGAAUGUUUGCUAGGAAAUAAUAGAUUUGUUUUUAUAAUGCCCCUGCAAAACUGAUUAUGGGAAACAAAUGUGUUGUAUUUAAAAUAAAAAUAAACUAUCAAGGGAGAUGUACUCUGAAUUUUGCAUCUUUAGGUACAGUGCAUAUGUCAGGAAGUUCCCAAAUUGUAAUUUAUUAAUGACCUAGAUCCAAACCCUAUUGCCUUAGCCCUCUUCCCUUUCCUUUAUGCCUUCAUUUUCAUGAGAGAAAAAAACAUGGAUACAUAUACCGAGAGUGUUCCAAAAUGUUUCAAGAAUUAAAAUAUUGAUAAUUGUGAAGAUAGAACCCCUAGAUAAACUACUAUGCACUGGUGAUGCACUACACUGAUGAGUCUAAACAUAAGUAGUGUCAUCUUCUGGAUGCCUUGUUGACAGAUAUUUAACUUAAAAGCCUAAAUUCCUUAGAGUUCAUGUGUAAAAUUAGGAUGAUUACUCCAUUUAGCAUCUGUCUUUCCAGUUCUCUAUGUGUAUGAAUAUAUAAUAUAUGUGGGGGGUGGGGUGGUGAGGACACAUGUAUUUUGUGAGCAAUCCCAAGUUACACAAGUGUAAAAAGUUGUUCCACCAAAGUAGAGUUGAUACAAAACAAGACUGAAGGCUACUGGAAGACUGUGAAGCCACAGACUGUAGACUAAUGUAGUUACUGUCCACUUAAAGUGAAAUUUAUUGAUGUGAUUAGUAUAGAAAUCAUGAAAGCAAUGUCUGACCCUCUGAUGGGUUUUCUUUUUCUGUCUGCCACUCUGUCUUCCUAAUGUGCCUACUAUAGUUCUUCUAGUCAAUUGAAAAAAUUAAGAGGGGGAAAAAAAAAAAAAAAAGUAAAAUUCCGCAUAAACAAACACUUGGAAGGCUGGUUUUAAUCUCUGGCCUGGAGGUGUUUGCAUUCCCAUUCUGCUUUUGUGAAUAUCUGUUAUACAAGGAACAUCUCUGCCAGAAAGGAGUGUGGUAUCAUUGGGACUAUACUGAUGUGAAUGCAAUGGAGUAAUGAAAAAUACCAGCUUCGGUAGUAAAAACAACAUAGCAUAAGGCUUAAUCUUUAUAUGAUGUAUUUUGCACGGGUUUAUAUUUAUGCAUGGUACUCACUCCCUAGGUAGUUUCAGAACUGGAAUCUCUAAAUAUACAGCAACUUCCAUGGUUAUAGGGGUAAUUCCCCUCAGUCUUACAUCCACUCCAGGGGAGAGGGCAGGAGGAGGUGCUUUGCCAGCCUUCCAGCUUGUACCUGUGGAACAAACAUUGAGGCAGAACUUUCCAAAUCCAGCGAAGAGCCCCCGGCCCCGCCGGGGGGAUUGGCGGAGGGCCCCGGCGGGGGUUGGGGCCCGGGGGAGCUCUCCAUGGUGCUCCGGGCCGGGCCGCCGGAGCGCUGCCACGCGUCCCGCAGGCAGCGAGGUUUCCAGGCUAGAACCUCCAAAACGUGUUCUAAGAUCUGACCCAGUCUUCGAGCGAAGUCCUCGGUCAUCUGAGAGAGGCGAGGUUCUAACUCGCCACUGCAGCUGAGAGUCAGUGCCUGAAAUGCGGUGUGCGAAGAGAACAGUUUCGUGAUGCGUGCUUCUGGGAUCAGUGGAAGGAAAUACCACCGUAGUAGUUUUAAAUGCUAAUAAACAAAGUAUGAAGCAGUGCACACUGAUGUAGGCAACGUCAUUAGUCUGAGUAUAAAAUGAAAUGGUAUUGUCUAUGUCUAAAUUCUCAAGAAGUGCUAGUUUCCAUCACAUAGACUUUGUAUAUGUGCAAAGAACAAACUUGUUACAAGUUGGGGUUUUUUUAAUCCUGGCUGACAAAACUGUGGUUUGUAAGAGCACUUUUUGCAGCUUUAAUUCUUUUCAGUUUGACUAAGCUAUGAAUAAUUAUAUAGGUUGUAUGACAGGGUAGAAUUUUCGUCUUUGGUGAAAUUGGUUUUGGUGAUUCUGGUGAAAGUAGUUUUAUUGCCUUUCAAGUGCAGUACAGCUCAUUCCAAAUUGUGAUGAUUUUAUUGAUGGUUUUGUUUUGUUUUUUUUUUCCAACUUGCUGAGUAAAGUUUGGGUUACCUACUUGUGGUGUUGAAAGAAAUAUUAGGUAAAAGAUUCUGUAGAUGUAUUCAGCAGUUACUUCAUUGGUAUUUUCUUUCCAGUGUUCACAAUAUAAGAAAUUACUCUUGCGUUUGGUGGGGUGGGUGGUUUUUUUUUUUUUUAUGUCAUUCCAGAAUACACAUUUCUGGAGGAUCCUACUUAGCCCCAUUCCCUUUCAUGUUGCCAGAAAACAGCUUACUCUGAUUUUCUCUUAAUUAGUGUUUCUACUUUACAAAAGUAAUAGGGAUAUAGUAUUUCUCCAAUGUGAACAUUAGCUUUUGAGUUAGCAAAUCAAAUAUUCAGUUUAAUAUAGCUGAAUAUUGAACUUAAGUUCUUAGUAGUAGUGCAUGGUUUAUCAUAGUUUGUGUCUGGAUUUCUGGCAUAAGCACGAAUGGAUUUGGGUCUGAUCUGUAAAGUGCUGAGUAUUCCACAACUGUUACAGUACCUACUUUACAUGAUUGCUCUAACUCUUGGUGUUCAUCCUUCAUAUGAUACUUAAUAUGUAUCUUCAUAAGUUUAUUUGUUGAUGUCCCAUGUUUUUAAAUGAAGUGUUCAUUCAUGUGUUUGAAGUGAUUAAUUUUGUCAGCAUUGCAUUUAUUAUGUUUGCCUUGCCCCUCAGUACAUUGAAUAUGUGUGUUUGUGACCAUCCAGUGUUUUUUUGCAGAAUUCCUGGGACUGUUUGCAUCUUAUUUGGUAUAUUAUGUUUAUUUUAAAGUGUCAGUUCUGUUUUAAUUAAUAAACGUAAAUCACCACCUAGUUCUAAUUUGCCACCUGUUAACAUAACAAUAAAGUGAACAUGCCAGUAAAA